UGUUUUUCCAAAGAUCACAGAAAGAAAGAUAGAAGCGACUCCGAGCCAGACACAAAGUCCAGUUUUCAAAAGACUCCAGCGUCACAUUGGCGAGUGAAUACUUACAGUGCUCUUAGUUUUGACCGAAUAUACUUGAAAAUAUGUCUGUAAACCAUGAGGACUGGGAUGUUGACUUUGCCUUUCCAUAUUUUAAACUAGCUUUGUUCGAACGAGAACGAAGCUGAUGUAGAAACGGAAUCGUAAUCUUUCCGUGGAAGAAAAUGUUGUCCGUGUUUGAAAAUUUUAACGCAGAUCACGCUUGAAGACGAGAAUCAGUGCGAGAAUGAACUGCCAGAAAUUCGAGAGGUUUUCCCCAAAAAAUUAACGAGCGAAUCUUCGACAAUGACAACAAACUUACCUUGAAAAGCUUCUUUGCCUUUUGCGGUGUUUUUUAAAAGGACCAACGGAGGAAAGAUGGAAACGACUUCGAGAAAGACACAGUGCCCGGUUUCCAAAAUACUCAAGGGUCAGCCUAGUCCCUAAGCGUUCUCUCUUGCCCCGUUGUCCGCGCGAAGUCUGCGAAGUCCGCGUUCUCGGCGUUUAUCGGAGACGUCACAGCUCACGGUAGAGUCCAGGUUUGACCGAGCCGAGAACGCCUAGGGACUAGGCUGCUCAAGCGUUACAUUAAAGAGCUAAAACUUAUAGCGAAUUUGUUUUCAUUUUCUUGGAAACGCUUUGUCAUGUGCUGUUGUUUUCGUGAGCCACUAAAAACUUUCUUUCUUGACGCCUGUCAAAUGAUUGUCAAAUCGCGCGUCCUGCACCUGUUUCCGGUCCCCGAAACUUGAAGAAGCCAUAUAAUAAACAUCUUAUUAGCCUCGUUUUUUCGGUCCGUACAGUAAAUUAAGGAUCGAUGGAAAAAAACGAGGAUCCGUAAUUUACAGUACGAACCGAAAACUCGGCUAAUAAGAGGUAUAUACUUGGAAGUUUUCUUGACUUUUGCACAGCCAUGAUUUACCUCUUUUAAGUUCUGAAUGAAGAUUUCCCCAUUAAAAACCUUUUAUAUUUUUUCGAGGGUCUCUCUCUCUCUCGCUCCUUCAAUUAGUGAAAUCCCAGCCUACCGAAACCUUUCACAUACACAUCCCCCACCCACCCCCCACCACACCGGGCCUCGAAGAGUUUGCCAUCGGAAGCGCGGUUACCAAGGCUUCCGAUAAU